CCCAAUCAGUACAAGCCGAUGCGCGUCUGGGAUCCUGUAGGAAGUUCCGAGACGACUUAGCUGCUUAGUUAUUUCCACCUUCCGCUCUUUGAUGAUAUUCCAAACUUUGUUGGCUCCGUCGAAGGACGAUGCCACCUCUGCUAUUUAUUUAUUAAGGGACGGCCUCCUCCAAACCUGCACCAAGUGUCCAAGUCCUUCAUUUUUUGCCUACAAACAAGUGUAGGUUUCGUGUUGUCAGUGGAUCGUGAAUCUCAUAAUCGAGAUGACCACGUGUGGGAUUUAAUUGGCAUAACCGGCUCCCUCCGAACCUAACUCAUGAAGGUGAACGCGCCUACUAUGUUGGUGGAUCGAGAAUUGAAGAUUUCAAUGUUAUCUCGCUCCCGAUCAACUUCGAGCAUGUUCCAAACUGUUGAUAGCUCACCAAGGAAUGAGCCGAAAGCAAAGCCACAGGGGCAUCCGCUCUCAUAUAUUCCCCGCCAUCUACUUUCGGGGGAAACGGCGCAGCAUGGUCACUCUUCUCGACUAAGAUCGCAUUCUUCACCCAGCGCGCCUCUACGACAAGCGCCUGGCUGUCAAUCUGAGCGAUCAGAGACAGCCUCGUCAAGAAUAGCUGGGACACAUCCACUUACGAUGGGCCAUGAAACCUUGCCUGGCGCGAAGCGGCGUUUAGAGAUCAAUACGAAGGAUCUCACUCGGCCCAGCUUAGCAGCCUCGCAAGAUCAGUUGCUGCCCGAAUCGCCAGGAUUUCCCAAUAUGUUAGCAGCGAUGAACUUCCCCAUCCCGCCUACAACCUCAAGACCGUCUACCGCAGAUGCAUGUGUUGGCUCUAUGGCACGCUAUCAGUCGAGUAUUACCUCUCCCCCGAUGGUACGACCUCGUUCGUCGAGUAAGCGCGCAACGAGCUCCAACGGAGUACUUACGGCUUCACUAGAUGGGCUAAUAAUACAGCGCACGGCACUGCCCCAUCGACGUAGUGACCCCGGUGAAAUUUCUCACGUCUCUUCUAAACCAGAUAGACUUGUGAUAAAUACCACCGUGACUAGAAGCUCAAGGUCAGCAACCUUAGGCGAAACGGGCAGGUCGCUAGCAAUGGGUCGCCUUAGACCCAGGGCUUCCUCAGCUGCAUCUUCCACGCGAGUGGGUCACGAUUCACACACUGUCGCGGCGAAUGAAGAUGGGAGGCAAUUCCUCAGAAACAAUAUAAAGGCAGUGUCGAGCUUACCUCACGGGUUACUUAGCACGAAUGAACCAUAUAAUCUCCCAAUAGGGAUUGCGAUCAGCAGCCCCAGAGAUCUUAUGCCUAAUGUAGAUAAACCAUUCUCAACGUCAGAAAGAGCAAUAAGUCAACAUCCUACUCAUACGGUUCCAACUAUCAGUCUUACUUUACCCUCACCGUACGAAGAGAAGGAUCCAGACAAACGAAAUCUGACACCGAAAUGCUUCCAACAAGGCUCAAAUAAGACUGUUCCGAGCAAGCCAACAUCAACCUCUACCUGCUAUGAUGCAACUAUCUUUGACUCAACUAUACCACCGAUCCGCAAUGCCGAUAAUUCGAAAGACUCUCCUAUCCUCGGGCGGUUCCUCGGUAAUUCUCCUACUACACCGAGGUUACCAUCGAGGUCGCCAUCCCGGACACGUGAGGAUCAAUCAGUCUCCAAAGAGAGCGGGGUGGCACAAACUACCCCCAUAGGGACUAUGGAAAGUGAUUUGCCUCCAUUAGCCACAGUGAUUCCAGAAAACAACUGGAACCUUUCUCGUAUCAUGACAACGGAGAUAGCCCCUGCUAAUGAUUUGAUUAUACCAAUGACUACCAAUGACAUUACCAUAACGCCAGUUAUGGUCGUGGCUAAUCUAAACCCUCAAUCAGCACCGGCAGCAUCAGUUCCAUUUUCGCGCCCCCCAUUCAAUAAGCUGAAAAUUAUAUCGCAACCGCGUCAGAAGCAUAUGCCAAUAAUGGUCCACAAGAGCGUUAUAACCGGCCAUAACGAGCACGCCAAAUUAGCUAUAGAUAAAUUCAACCGUCAUACUUUAACAGGUGUGCUAACACCACCGACUUCGCCCAGCAGUGCCUCGCCCAAACGAAAUAGUCACCCUACGGAAAUCACGCGGCGAAUCCAAUCACGCGUAGCCGGGAAGCCGAUGCUCAAGUCGGAAGCGGCAAUAUACCAUGAGCCCGACCAAGAAAAGGUGAAUGACAAAGCGUGGCGGGUUACAAGAACAAAGGAACGGUUAGAGAAGGCAAAGCUAGCCAGAGAAGAGGAGAUAUCCAGGUUAGUCGAGAAGAUGCUCGGCGUUGCCAAGGCCAAAGAUACAGAGGAGAGAGAAGAUCCGCAGAGUUUGCAUGAGGAGCAUACGGAGGAACAAAUCGAAAAACGAUUACAGCGUCUUGAAGAGGAUGGAGACGCUUGCCUUCGAGAUGUCAAGUUAGCUUUGCAAAACAUGUCCAAAACGCUUGAUGAAUUAAGAAAAGAAAAAGGCAGUAAGAGACUAAUAAUGAAUGAGUUUAACCUGUAAUAUAAAAAUAAUAUAAUACAAAAGGCAACCCCGUUGGUUUGCACAAUAGCCUCAA